AUAAGUACAAGAGGAGGAAUUUGGGUGACUGGGUGAGUUGUAAGCAGUAGCAGUAGCAGUAGCAGCAAUGGAGCUGUUCUACUUUGUGGUGUUUGGGGCAUUGGGAGCUGUGGUGGCAGCAUUAGAGCUGAGCAAGAACAGCAAGGAUCGAAUCAACACGUCCUCAGCUUUCAAUUCUUUCAAGAACAAUUACCUUGUUGUUUACUCUCUCAUGAUGGCUGGAGACUGGCUGCAGGGUCCGUAUGUUUACUAUCUUUACAGCACAUAUGGCUUUGGGAAGGGGGAGAUCGGACAACUUUUUAUCGUCGGUUUUGGAUCCUCUAUGUUGUUUGGGACAAUUGUUGGGUCUCUAGCUGACAAACAGGGCCGGCGGAGGGCAUGUGUUACUUACUGCAUAACUUACAUCCUUAGCUGCAUAACGAAGCAUUCUCCUCAAUACAAGGUUUUGAUGGUAGGUCGUAUUUUGGGAGGUAUUGCCACUUCUCUUCUCUUUUCAGCAUUCGAGUCGUGGCUUGUUGCUGAACAUAAUAAAAGGGGCUUUGAGCAACAAUGGUUGUCUAUAACAUUUUCAAAGGCUAUAUUUCUUGGAAAUGGUCUCGUCGCCAUUUUGUCUGGGUUGUUUGGAAACCUACUUGUUGAUUCAUUGUCCCUUGGACCUGUGGCUCCUUUUGAUGCUGCUGCUUGCUUUCUUGCCAUUGGGAUGGCCGUUAUUUUAUCAUCAUGGACAGAAAAUUUUGGAGACCCUUCAGAAAACAAGGACCUGCUGACCCAGUUCAGGGGCGCUGCUGUAGCAAUAGCUUCUGAUGAAAAAAUUGCUUUGCUGGGUGCCAUCCAGUCUCUGUUUGAAGGUUCGAUGUAUACCUUUGUCUUCCUCUGGACUCCUGCUCUGAGCCCCAAUGACGAAGAGAUUCCUCAUGGUUUCAUUUUUGCCACAUUCAUGUUGGCUUCAAUGUUGGGAAGCUCCCUUGCAUCUCGAUUGAUGGCUCGCUCAUCGCCGAGGGUAGAAGGCUACAUGCAGAUCGUUUUUGUGGUUUCCUCUGUUUCUCUCCUUCUUCCGAUUGUUACCAAUUUCUUGGUAGCACCUUCGAAAGUGAAAGGCGGUAGCAUCUCAUUCGCGGGUUGUCUUCAGCUUCUUGGUUUCUGUGCUUUCGAGGCUUGUGUAGGAAUAUUCUGGCCAUCCAUUAUGAAAAUGAGAUCCCAAUACAUCCCGGAGGAAGCUAGGAGCACCAUCAUGAACUUCUUCCGCAUUCCUCUCAACAUCUUUGUCUGCAUCGUGCUGUACAACGUUGAUGCAUUCCCCAUCACUGUCAUGUUCGGCAUGUGCUCGAUCUUCCUCUUCGUCGCUUCCAUCUUGCAAAGGCGUCUGAUGGCAAUAUCAGACAAACCAAAGAUCGAAAAUUGGUCGGCGAUGAAGGAAAGGGACACCGAGGCUGAGCCACUAAAUGAAUGAAAAGGCAACCAAGGGUAUGAUAACAACAACAUAAUAUACUCUUGCAUGAGGUUAUAUUUUACAUUGAUUUUUACACUAGUGAAGUAAAUGUGGUUUAUAGGUGACUUUCGAGUUUGUUUGGGGCUGUCCUUAGAUCAGCACCAAUUAUUCAAUCUUUUUGCCUGUUAGACUGGCGGAAGAAUAUAUGAAUUACUCCAGUAGUGAAGUAAAUUCGGCCAUAUGAAUUCGUUCUGAUGUUAAAAA